UUGGGUAGCAGCGCUCACAGCGGUAAGGCAUCGCUUCGACGGAAGUACGUGGAUGAGGAAUCCAGUGCAAGUACAAUUCAUGUAGUCCCAUUUAAAAGGAGAAAGACAUCCAGCGUUGAUACGAUACAGUCAACAGACUUUCGAGCACCUAGUUCUGACUCGCAUAAAGAGCUGGAGUUGCUGGAUGUGGCAUCGAGUAGAGAUACGCCGAAGUCGAGGAAGAGAAGGAGCAGAAAAAAGCAUCAUGCGUCCACAGCCCAAGAGAGCAAGGUUGCUUAUCCUCAUCCACCGCAGUCGUACAACAGCGUAGUAGCUGCAGAGGUGAAUGGCAUCUCAGAGAAGGAGAGGCACGUAAGGGAAGAGGUGGUGACGCGUUCGAAGACUAAAGCCCUGGCUGCUGCACAUCCUCCGGAUAAGCCCAGAAUUGUGCUUCGUAUUAGAAAGUCCAGUAGUGGUGUUGUGAUACAACGAGUUGAGCCUGAGUAUGGAUCUAAUGGAAUGGGCUUCUUUGGUAAAAGGCUGCUGGAAUCUUGGCCUGGAAUUCGUUGCAUCAACAAAUAUCCUUCAAUCCAUAAUUCGGUGGUGUCCACAUUAUCUCGACAGCGGAAUCACUUGAUCUCCGAUUUCAAUCUCACCAUGGUUAAGUCUAAGAAUCCAAUUGUAACGAUGGACGUCAGUACAUCUGCCUUGGUGAACUCGCUGAACCCCUUAUCCCCGAUUUGUUUGUCUCUUCCGCGUGCCGAAGGUAGCCUGGAGCAUGCGGUGGAGCAGUUCGAGAAGGGUAUCGGUUGCGUUUUGGAGCAAGUCGAUAAUGCUAGGACAAUCAUUUCCGGCCUUCGAGAUAAAAUGCACUGGUCGUUGCAUUUUCUUAUCGAUGCACAAAUGUUUCUUCUGGAUCUUCUGUACGAAUUGUGGGGAUUCACUGCUCGCACCGUUCAGAUAGCUGUAUUCAGCGUUUACCAGACAUGCCUUUGGGAGAAACACAGUGAACUUUUUGACGCUCGUAUGUACUGCCUUCUUUUCGAAAUGAAUGCUUCCGCUGCGCUUUCUUGCAACAUCGAUACAUGUGCUUCGUAUCUACGAAGGUUCGAGGAGUGGUGCAGAAAUUCGGGCAACUGCACUUCCAUCUACAGUCAUGUUCAUGGCUUAGCAUUAUCGCUUAUCAAGCUGAUCAUGGUUCCUGACAUCUUGAAACGUUUACAACAGAAGACACUGUGGAAUUCGAAAGCCUUACCGUCGAAAACAAACGAGGAAGUGUUUUCAGUGGAUCUAGCACCAUUUUUUCAAGUCGGCGCAUGCCCUUUCGAGAGUGAAGAAUUUGAUCUUGAGAAGAUACUGAAGGCUGGAAUGCCUCUCAUUAAAUCUCCGCUCGAAGAUCUGAUUGGUUUUGGAGCAGCUCAAGACAACAAUCGGUCCGAUGCGUUUUCCUUCCUGUUUCCAUCCCAUGCUGUUGUUGAGCUUUGUCGAAAGCAGAUUUUUGACGAAAUCGAGGCGUACUACCACAGCCAUGCCAUGAAGUCAGUUCUUUCGCUUUCGAAUCGUCAUCUCUACGUUCUUUCACCCAUAGCCAGAGGUUACUUCAUAUCUCGUGUUACUGAGUCGCGAGCGCAGAGUCAUAUGCGAAAUCAUGUCAUGAACAUCGAGAAGCUCAUUGAGAGGCUGAAUUGCGUCUACGCCGAUCUCAAAGCCAGUGUUGCUUUACACAAUCAAGCUGAGUUCAACUACCCUUGUGGGCAAGUGGUAUUUGGUUUUGAGUGUGGAACUGUGAACGUCUCCAUCAAUAAGCCGACCUUAGCAAAUGUGCCACAACUUAGCACUGAAGCCAUGGAAGAGGCUCAGCGAAUCAUGGGCAGCGCUGUUGACAAUACGAUCUUCCAUCCCUCGACGGGACAACAUGGUGACUUGAGCUUGAAGAGCCACAGAAUGAAGAAGUCUGUGGAAGCAGUGAGGAAAUGGGUUGCGAGUAUUCAAGAAACCGCCGUGGACGAGAAGGAGUAUGCCGAACUGCAGACGUCUUUGCGUCAUGAGGACGAUUGUAUGGACGUAGUGUACCCGAGCAGUCCAGCUAGAGUGCAGGUUAUUGAUGACGAAGAUGACGACACCGAGUUCGGCUCCUGUGAAUUACCAUCGAAAAAAUGUUGCGAUGCGAACACUGUCACGACGGUGGAUUGCGAACAAGGCUACCUGAAAAUGAAAACCGUUGACUCGACAGCUAACGAUGAGUCUACUGAUGAUCUCACAGCUACCAACACGUUCAGUACCGCAUCAUUCAACUCCCUUGAUCAGAUUGAGACUCUAAAAAUCAUAAGAUCCAAAGAGACUGGUGAGCUGGACUGGAUAGCAAUGCUCCAGAAUGCUUUGGAUGCUGCUCCGCUUCCAGAAACUUUGCCAAGAUUUAUGCUAAGCAAGGAAUCAAGCGAUUACAAAAUUCUGGAUGUGAUGAAAUGUCAUGAGUACGCCAACCACUUCGUCCAUGAAACUAAUGAAGAUGGAGAGUUCCUGGAUCAGCGCAAGGAAAUGCGGGAAAAGAUAAAACAGUUCCAGAAAAUUGACUAUUAUGAGAGAAGAAGGAAUGCUAGGUUCGAAAAAAUAAAGAGUUGCACCCCACUUGAGAUGCCUCGACCUGACUUGAGCACGCUCGAUCAGUUCCCAGCUUAUGGUAUCUGGAUACAUCAGGUUGUACUUUACGCCGAAAUGGAGAAGAAGAGGCUUAUGGGUUUGAAACCCAUCGAUAAUGUUGGUCGCUGCAGAGCUGCGCGUUCCGAAUUAAUUCGGGGGUUUGCAGUGCCUAGCAAGCAGAGGAAAAGAUCUGCUUCGGCGGUAUCAUGGCUAGGGCGGACAAUGCGUGAGCAUUUUGGCGACUAUAUCGAACUAGGCAUGUCCAGGCUCCAGUACGAGAAAACGCAGUCAGGCAAGGAACGAGAUGAUGUCAGAGGUUUUGGCUCAGAUGAUGUUAUAACCGACUAUUUUGUGAGUAGAAAUAACACACCUACAACACUCAUGGAUCCUGCGGAACUGAUUGAAAACCCGUAUGCAUACUUCCGUCCGACAAAUCCGUCCAGGAAACGCCACCCAUCACCUAUCCUCCUGGAGAGCUCAUUGGUGAAACGCUUCCCAGAAUGCCCGCUGCUCGCCCCAUUCGGAGUAGUGGAUGAUGAGCCUGAGACUCUCUAUCCACCUUACGAUCCUAAUGUGUUUACGAGUGAUGACGAUGACGACGACUAG